UCUGGUGUGGGAGGCGCUUUCUCCUCCUCUGCUAGGUCUUCCUGGCCCGGAGGGGGCCACAGAACGUCCGGGCAGCCCUCGGCCUGCAGUGUGGGCGACUGGUCCUUCCCCUCCCCUCCCCAGCGGGACAAAGACCCGGCCUUCCCCGUUCUAACGGCCACCGGCAGGCUCACUGGGUGGCAGAGGGGCCGCGGGGAGACGUCCCCCUCCGCAACCCCCGUCCUCGGCGCGCCUCCCGCUCCUCCGGACCCGGUGGCAGAAAUCCGGUGCCAGGAUGACCGAGCGCUUCGACUGCUGCCACUGCCAGGGCUCCCUCUUCGGCAGGAAGUACAUCCUGCGGGAGGAGCAGCCCUACUGCGUGGCCUGCUUCGAGGCCCUCUUCGCCAGCACGUGCGAGGAGUGCGGCAAGCUGAUUGGCUGCGACUGCAAGGACUUGUCCUACAAGGACCGGCACUGGCACGAGGCCUGUUUCCACUGCUCGCGGUGCAGGGGGUCCCUUGUGGACAAGCCGUUCGCCGCCAAGGAGGACCAGCUGCUCUGCACCGACUGCUACUCGCAGGAGUACUCGUCCCGCUGCCAGGAGUGCAAGAAGAGCAUCAUGCCAGGUACCCGUAAGAUGGAAUACAAGGGUAGCAGCUGGCACGAGACCUGCUUCAUCUGCCAUCGCUGCCAGCAGCCCAUCGGAACCAAGAGCUUCAUCCCGAAGGACGGCCAGAACUUCUGCGUUCCCUGCUAUGAAAGGCAGUAUGCCUUGCAGUGUGUUCAGUGCAAAAAGCCCAUCACCAGCGGGGGCGUCACGUACCGGGAGCAGCCCUGGCACCGUGAGUGCUUCGUGUGCACCGCCUGCAAGAAGCCGCUGUCGGGCCAGCGCUUCACGUCCCGCGACGAGUUCGCCUACUGCCUGGGCUGCUUCUGCGACCUGUACGCCAAGAAGUGCGCCGGCUGCGCCAGCCCCAUCAGCGGGCUGGGCGGCACCAAGUACAUCUCCUUCGAGGAACGGCAGUGGCACAACGACUGCUUUAACUGCAAGAAGUGCUCGCUGUCGCUGGUGGGGCGGGGCUUCCUCACGGAGAGGGACGACAUCCUGUGCCCUGACUGCGGGAAGGACAUCUGAGCCCCUGCCCGGGCCCCCGCAGCCCCCCGGCCCCCCA